AUGCUAAAGGCGGCCAAAAGAUACGGUGCGCGCCUCGACGUACGGAAUCCCACAGAUGCCCUGAAAGAGGCCCUGCCGGUGUGGUCACACAUCAGCCCUCUCUCGGGACGAGUCAUGCCAAACUCCAAGACAGCAAAAUGCCUGAGAGAGUGCCACAACAUAAGCACGGUAGGCGCAUGUACCACGCUUGCGCGACGCCUUCGUCCGGACGCAGCAGCUACUAACCCGCACACCGCGUCCGCCAGAUGUACAUGUGAUCCGUGCACCGCGCAUCGUAAUGUUCGGGGAUGUAAGAACCCGCACAAAUGUGCGAUGGCGGCGCGCGAGCUGCUAAGAAAGCUGUCGCCCGCGUGGGCCCCAGGCAGCACGGCGCACAGUGACGGUCUCUCUCUAACAAAGUCGCGCAAGAGGAAGAACGAAGAAGCGAGAAGCCAGAACGGCAAAUUGCGCUUCGACCCCUCGGUGUCGUCGACAACCCCACUAACGGACGCAAUACGUAUCUUCACAACAAGCAAUGAGCGACUCACCAUAGCUAGAAGGGCGCCGCGCCCGUUCAACGUCCCGACGGAGGAUGUCACCGUGUACACGGACGGCUCCUUCAAAAACGACGCCGCGGGAGGGCCACGUUGUGGGUCUGGUGUCUGGUUCGCACACGAGGACCCUCGUAAUAUCGCACAGCGUGUACCUGGGCCUGUGCAGUCGAACCAAGUCGCUGAAAUCUACGCAGUCUCAUUAGCAGUGCAUGCGGCUCCCCCUUUUGCUCCACUCACCAUUAUCUCCGAC